AUGAAGGUUGUAGUAAUAUUAUACUCUAAUAUACUCUUGCAGGGUAGCCAGCUCUAUUGGGUUACCAAUAGUUCAUUAACCCUCAUUCAGCAAAUAACUCUUAGACAUCCUGCUGUCCUUGCAAAGUUGGGGUUACUGGACAAUAGUCCAAAGGGAGCUUCUGAGGAAAUUGGUGCUUCUAAAACAGCUCCUUCACCAGGGUUACAAGAUAAUAUUCCAACAGCAGCUAUCAAGGAAACUGUUUCGCCUGAAAAAAAUCCUCUGGAUUCACCUGAAAAGUGGCAUAGAAUACCUAUAGAGGAGAUGUCCCCAAAAGAACUGAUUACUCUUGCAGUCCUAUUUUUAAACAGUGAUGAUAAAGAAAGUGCAAUUCCCUUACUAAAACUAGCCCUUGAUAAGGACCCUGAAUAUGUACGAGCUUUAGUUUUGAUGGGACGGGUUCUAUUGCUGAAGCAUGUAAAUGAUGAAGCUCAUGAGUACUUCGAGCGUGCAAUAUCGAAAGUAUGAAUCAUACCUGCCAAAAUGUUGUUUUUAAUUUGUUUUGCUGGUUUAUCUAUGUCAAGUAUUUGCAGUUCGUCUGUGAAUUAUGAUGUGUUGUUGCAUUGCUCUUUUCGUUUGUUUCUAUCAGAUAAUUCUCGUCUCAUUUCACUUAGUUUCUGCUGUCAACCCCUAAUUAUUUUCUGAUAUUUUUUUUCAUUAGCUUUCUCUUGCGGAAGAAGUUGAUCUUCCCAGAGGGCUGGAAUUGCCUGCGAACGGCAGGGGAAACACAUUGUUCUCUGAGAAAACUUUUGUCUCACAGGUUUUUGGAUAUAUGUUAAAAGAAGGCUUGAAUAUGCAUCUGACAGAGGGAAUCUUUAGAUACCUUGCGAGUCGAAUGCAUGCCCAAACCUGAUACAUUAUGUUGUUACCUGAAAGAUAAUUGCACCUCUAUUCCUAACUAUUGGCAGGCAAUAUGAUUGACAAUUUUAGAAGUAGAUCUUCAAUGGGAUUUGCUAUGUUUUUCAAUUUUCAGUAUGGCAGGGAAAGAGCCAGAAGAUCCAACUAGCAAAGGCUAUUAUUUUGAUGGGUUAGUAUUGCU